CAUUCUGAGGAAAGAUAAACUUUCCUUAAGGUCCAGCGUGGCAGACGUCUGAAGAAUAUGGUUACCUCUUCAGUGUUUUGAUGAAUAUUAUCUUGCUUGAAGACACAAUGAUGACAGUGAUAUUGACAUGGUGACAAGCUAAGGACUCUUAUCACAAGAUCACGGUGUGGCCAGCUCAAUAAAGUAAGAACGAUGCAGGAUCUUAUUCAGGUGGAGCCUCUGACCCAGAAGACCCAACUAAGCUUGAAAAAGCUUGUGAUGAUGUCAACGGAUAAUGGCUUCUCAUCAACCGAUCAGAAAGAGACAAUGAGACAGCUCAAUGAGAGACUUGCUGAUUUUAUGAAGCACUGUCAGUGCCUGGAACAAUCAAAUAUUGCAUUACGCAACAAAAUUGAAGAGCAAUUAAUGAAAAGUGAACAACAAUUUCCUACCUGGGAUGAGAAGGAGAAAGAGAGCCAAGAUCUCCUCCAAUCUAUCCAUAAAAUGGUCAUGGAAAAUGCAAAAACAUCUUUGGAAAUUGACAAAUGCAGCACGGAUCUUGCCCGGCUUAAACAAAGGGCUACGAGAGAGGCUUUGGAAAAGAAUCGGAUUACAGAGAAAACACAUGUUCUGAGAACAAUGGCAGAUGAAUUUGCAGAAAGCAUCUCUGAUCUGAAAAUAAUGAUUAUGGAUAAGGAAGAAGAAAUAAAGAACUUCAUUUCAAAUCAUCAAGAGAAAGUCCAGGCUGUGCAGCAGUUAAAACAUCCCAUCGAUGAUAUUCAGUUUGCUACAGUGGAGGAUGGGAGCAGGAUGGAACUGUCCCAGCUCCUCAAUGAGAUCAGAAGACACUAUGAGGCUCUCAUCAGCAGAAGUCACACCACCGACGACCUUCCAGCCAGGAUCCUGCUGGAAGAAGAAGCUCGGCAGAAGAUGCAGAAAGACGAAGAGGAACUGAGGGCGGCCCAGGCCAGUCUUUAUGAAGCCAGGAAGCAAUGGAAAAUCCUACAGACUGAAAUUGAGUCUCUCCAAGCAAUGGAAAGGAGUCUGACGUUCACCCUCCAUGAAACAGAGCAGCAGCACCAGAAGCAGCUGGAGGCUCUGUCUGCUGUGAUUGCUGAUUUACAGCAUGAGCUGCAAGAGGUGAGAGAAGGAGUUCGGGCCCAGCUCCAGAAGCACAAGAUGCUCCUCAACACCAACAUGAAGCUGGAAAAUGAAAUCUCAGCAUAUCGAAGCUUGCUGGACAGUGAAGAGAGAAGAUUAAAUGGUACAAGACAACUUCAGGAACAGGAAUCAUCUACCAGCAAAAUAGGCUUUAACUUGCCUUCAGGCCCUGUGCACAAGAGUUCAAAGGUUUACAGGGAGUCUCCAGACCAGCAAGACAAAGACCAAGCAAUAUUUAAUGGAAAUUUAGCGGAAGAGGGUGCGGAGGCCACAGGAACAGUGCAGACAGAGAAAGUGGAUGAAAUGAUCAAAAGGUGGGAAGGUUCCUUCUUCAAGGACAAUCCUAAACUCAGAAAGAAAUCUGUGUCUUUAAGAUUUGACCUCCACAUGGCCGCUGCAGAUGAAGCAUGUUUCCAGACCAAAAAGGACAAUCUACCUGACAUUGAGGUUCGGUUAAUCAUGAGACGCUCGAGCAGCAUUCCCACCAUGAGUCCUUGACCUCACAACUACCAACCCAAAGAAAAAAGGCAAACAACUCAGAUGACGACAUUUGGUAAUACUGCUAAUCAUAUCAAGACAGAGGGUCGCAUUGGAUCUAAGAGAAAAACUGAAUAUGCGUUCUUCAUGCAAGUAUAGAAGUUUCAUAUAAUUUGUAUGUAUAUUUAUUGAAGACAUAGAAGUUAGAGGCCUAAAAUAUAUAUUUUAAUUGUUUGUUACAGACAGGUACAAUCCUGCACCAACGCUCCAUUAUUUUAAAUUUCUCCAUUGCCAUUAUAGGACUCAUAGGCUGAUCAGUAUUCACGGAAAUGCAUUUCAAGGAAUUGUCCAAUAUUUCAUAUCCUCUUAUCAGUCACCUAUUGAGAACAUUUUGACCCAAAGUGUGUAGGAGAGAUUUAGGGAUAAACAUUAGACUGUUGACCACCUAUAGAAGGUAGCACAGUCAUACAGAGUGCUAAUGAUCUACUAGGGAUUGCACUUUACUGUAUCUCAUCCUUGCUGGUGCACAAAGGUCGAGCUUGGGAUUGGGUUGAAUUUUAAUUAAUGGUGGACGAAUUUUCUAAUAGGACACUAGUGACAUAAGUAAUGGUGAUUGGUGCUUACAUGUAUGGUGAUCAUCUAAUUGCAUUGGGGAGAGGGGUGAUUAUUAUAAUAUUUGGGUGAAGGGCAAUACAAAUAAUAUAUCAGCCCUAUAGCUAAACUUGGAAUGGGGUCCCACUCCACCAAGUGAGUUUAUGAAAUUGAAAGGUUAUGAUUAUUAUAGCUCACCUAUACUCUAUCAUCCACAGUAAUUUCUAACCAACCUAACCUAUGGGGAAUGGCCCACCUCAGAUGCCGGGUCUUAUAGAAGUUGCUGCUACCCAGGUGGUUUUGCUCUUGCCUUAUGUCUACUGUACACCUUAAAGGCUUUGAACACUUUCGCACAGAUUUUUUUUCAUUCCUUUGCUUCUUAAAUAAAAAAUGAAGCCACUUUCUAAUUAGUUUUCAUAAAAAAUUUUCUUCCAUUUUGCUUCUGCAGAGUGUGUGCAACUUCUUCACCCAGCUGCUGAUGCUUCUGAAUCUGAAAUAACUCCACUUUCCCCUUCCCUCUCUCAGUGUUUGCAGGAAGAGGUUGUAAAGGGCAGCUAUACACUGCUCACAAAAAGUUAGAGAUAUUUGGCUUUCAGGUGAAAUUUAUGGAAAAUGUUAAAAGUUCACGCUACAGUGAUAUUAUAUCAUGAAAGUAGAGCAUUUAA